CCUCAGCAACUUUACCUGAUGUAACUGGGGUCUGGGAUGAACUUCCCUGGGAAUGUGGUGGGGGCAGGUUCGAUGGAGGCAUUGGGGAGGGUGUGAAUUGAGCAGUCAUGGGAGGAGUUGGAGAAAACACGAGAGAUUUGAGCCUGUUUUCCCCAGCGCUGUUAUCAGUCUCUCUGUGGAUUUCAGUGCCCCUGGGUAGAUCUGUGUGGCACUGCCGCUGCUGGGGAAGAGCAGGAAAAGAGCGUUUUUUGCUUUUGCUACAUCUAGCCCCCGUGACAGAUCAGCUGCCUGUGGAAAUUCCCCUGCCGGUCAUUUCAUACUUUAUUGGACAGUCAGAGCCCAGGCUUUGUCAGACAUUAAUGCCUCAGCUUCGGGGGCUGAGCGCCUUCGUCUCUCUGCAGCAGAAAUGAGCAGCUUCUGGCUUAUAAACUAUAAGCUGGGCACAGUCUCCUUUCUUCUUGUUGUCACCGUGGUAUUGCCACAGUCGGGCCUGACAGCAAAGUCAGAGGUGGAUCUCAGCAGCUGUUGUCCCCAGGCCAGUCGCUAUGAGGUAAAAGCUGGACACUUCAACCGCUUCCAGAAGUGUUACCGAACGGUGAGAGUUUGUGGGACACUGCAAGAGGCCGUCAUAUUCUACCCGAAGUAUGGAGGCGUCACCUGUGUGGACCCACAGCAGAGCUGGACCAAGAAGCUGAGGAAGAGGAUUGACGUUUACUGGCAGAGGAACAAGUUGGAUGCGGUGAACACCAGAUGCUCCAAACCGAGCGACCAGCCUGUUGGCUCUCCCCCUGCCAGGCACAGAGCGGGCACCGUCGCCAGAGAGGAAGAGGUGGGCAGCAGGAUGUCGGGCAGAACGUUGGAUGGUAGGGGACCUACUGCCAGUCCCCAAUGGGGGGGUGAUGCCAGUUUGCCGGGAGAUGGCACUGUUCCGGUGGUGACCGGGGAACGGGACCCUGCCCCGAGCUCUCAAUGGGCACCAGCAGCUUCCCCGAACGGAGCCGGGACUGUCAGCCCCCAGGAAACAACAGGGAAACGCACAGCAUCAUCCCAUGGGCAAGGAUGGUGCCACAUCAAAACUGUGAGCAAACAGAUUGUAACAACUGUACAACUUCCUGAGAACAAGCAGCAAGCUGGUUUCAGUGGUUUCUGUGUGACCUAA